AUGAAGAGGAUCCUAGCUUUGUUCGUGGCGUUCGUGUUGAUAGCGAACACGAUGCAACAGCUACCUACGCUCCCUUGCUUGGGUUUGAACGAGCGUUUCGUCCCGUGCAAAGAUUCGUGCAUACACGACACGUGCGACCAUGUCGCGACGCCAAUCAGCUGCGUCAGCCUGCUGCCGUGCAUCGGCGGCUGCGUCUGCCAGCUCGGAUUCCUGAGGAAGAACGAGUCCGCCCCCUGCAUGCCCAUCGUGAACUGCUUCCUG